AUGACGCAGUUGAGUCAGCUCCGCACGUGGCGGCGGCGACCUACACCCGCCGCUCUGUCAGUCAUUACACUAAUCGGGUGGCUUUUCCCCUUCGCGACUCGAUCGGUGGCUUCUGUAAGGCUCUCCCCAAUUCUCAGUCGGACUGAGGCGUGUACCCACCGCAUUUGUUCUUGUGGGACUUCUCCAGCUUUUCGCCCGCCGAAUCCGCCAUUUGCGGCUCCUGGCCCGCAGACUACGCCGCGCACCACAGUGCCAUCCGGCAGGCUAGCGCAGCCGCGCACCGCGGCGCACGUGGAGCUCGUCAAGCGCACCAGGAGGAGCAAAAUUCUGGCGUGGUUCACCGCGCCGCCCCCGCACCCAUACGAUCGUGCUAUUCGCUUCCGAACCUUUGAGUGGCUGGAAGGGUGCGGUGGGUAUGGCGACGCGCUCAAUGGGCUAUUGUUCGCGUUUGUAACGGCCUUACUUGACGGCCGUGCUCUCAUCGUCCGGCACGACUGCCUACCGGCUGCGUUCCUCUCGGCCAUGAUCGACUGCCAGCUGUCUGACGACGUGCCUCUAGAUCCCGCGACCGUCGUCCCUCCAUUAGACUACUACGGCGACGGCGUGGUCGCUGCGCGCCCGCCACCUGCGAAGGCAGGGGAAGUGGUGCGACUAGACCUACGAAACAAGCGUGUGGAGCUCGAGAUCUAUUUCAAGGAGCUUGAGAAUGCGACUAAUAUCCGCGUGGCGGCAAAUCGGGGCAUGCUGACGCACUUGGCAACCAAAGCGGAGGGCGCAUGGGCAGACAGAUUCAAAGCCAUGGGCAUACGGGCUGCCCAUACGCUGUGGGGUGCUUUCACAGGUUCCUACUGCGGUGAGCGAUGGGCGCCGUGUGACGAGGUGAAGGAACUCUUCCACAGCACGAUGCAGAAUCUGGAAGCACAGAAGGCGCCAGGCAGCAACAGCAGCAGCAUCAGCAGCCACGUGGCAACGUUGGGCAUUCACAUCCGCGUGCAGGACGAUGUGGUGUGGGCGGGUGACCGAGGUGCGCCCAAGGAGCUGAGCAUGCAGGACGUGGAGGCGCUGGUGGGGAACGCAAAGCAGUGGCUUGACUGUGCUGCGGUGCGGGAUUGGGGUGGGGAGGGAUGGGCAGCUUAA